UGUGCCACACCAUCACCAUUGGCAUACAAAUGCAAACACUAAAAAGUUCAGAGUAGUUAACAACAAAAGCACAACAUGACUUCAGUGCUUCUUCAGAAAUAUUGCUUUGAGAAUAUUAAUGGAUCUUGCCAUAAAACAUCGUGGUCUUCAGGAAUCCGGAUAACUUUGUAUGUUGUGCUUGGUUUUCUGACAAUUCUUACACUAGGUGGAAACCUAAUGGUAAUGAUUUCAAUUGCUUAUUUCAAACAGCUUCACUCUCCUACAAAUAUUUUGCUCGCCUCCUUGGCAUGUGCUGAUUUUUGUUUGGGUCUGACUGUGCUGCCCUUCAGUAGUAUAAGAUCUGUUGAAACAUGCUGGUAUUUUGGGGAAACAUUCUGUAGAUUCCAUAGUUCUUUAGAACUAUCUUUUUGUUAUUCAUCAAUAUUUCACUUGUGUUUCAUCUCUGUUGAUCGCUACGUUGCUGUUACUGAUCCUCUAAUUUACCCUCUCAAGUUCACAGUGCCUGUUUCAGGCUUGUUCAUAGCUGUUGCCUGGAUAUUUUCAUUAGUAUUCAGUUUUUCUGUUGUCUUCACUGGGGCUAAUAACAAAGGGAUACAAGAAUUAGUAAAUGCCCUCUCCUGCGUAGGGAGCUGUCAGAUUCUCUUCAACAAAACAUGGGUAGUUGUAUCCAAUCUCCUUUAUCUAAUACCUUUUUUCACAACGAUAGCACUUUACAGCAAAAUCUUUGCUGUGGCUAAACGACAAGCUAGAAUGAUAGAGAUGAUGAGCAACAACAUCCAGUUGCCUGACACUUACAGUGACAGAGUUAACAAAAGGGAGAAUAAAGCUGCUAAAACCAUUGGUAUUGCUGUGAUUGCUUUUGUGGUAUUCUGGUCACCUUAUUCUAUAACUGUAAUAAUUGAUGCUUUUUUUAACUUCAUAACGCCACCCCUUGUCUUUGACAUUGUGGUUUGGUUCACUUAUUCCAACUCUGCCGUUAAUCCUUUGAUUUACUCUGUCUUUUAUCCUUGGUUUCGAAAAGCAAUGAAAGUGAUUGUGAGCUGUAAAAUGCUCCAGCAUGAUUGUUCAACAAUGAAUUUAUUUCCAAACUGA